CGGUAAGACACUAGCAAGCACGCAAGCCGCUCGGCGUUGUGCGCUACUGCACGCCGUGCAGCCGGGCAGGGGCUAGCCAAAGCCAACCCCGCGUGCCCACUGAUCGCCGGGCGCCAGGCGCAAGCGUCGGCGCGCGCGGGCAGCCCCAGGAGCCGUGCGCAGGGCUUCAGUAGUAAGGGCAGCCCCCACGCGAGGCCCAUGGACGCCGCCGUCGUGCCGAUGGAGCCCAACUUCCUGACGGAAGAAGAAGUGAGGGAGGCGGAGCUCGCACGCGUGCGGCAGCACGUCGCCGCUGGCUUACUAGGUGGCCCCGAGCAUCGCAACUUGGGACCGCCGGAAGUCCUCCGAGAAGUUUAUGAAGAGGAGUCGUCGGUCCAGUCGAAAUCUAUUAGAUCUGUGGACCGCAAGUCGAAUCCUGAAUACGCGCGAGCCAUGAUGUUAGAUAUAUUAAAUGAAAUGUCGUUCCCGCGGCCGGAGACGUUCGAGGAACGACGGGUUUUGAGGAAACUGCGGGCGCUCAAAUCGUUUGUGAGGGGUUCGUGCGGCGACGUGCCGGGCGCCACCGCCAAAGAUGUUCGGGAUAUUUUAGUUCUGGGCAAAUCCCAAAAACCAGCGAUCGCGGCGCUGACGGAGUUGUUGUCGAGACAAUAUGAGGCCGCGACGCGGUUCGCCGCCGUCGAGUUGAUCCAAGCUUUAGCUGUGCCCGACGUUCAUACUGAUGAUGGUUCGAGGUGGGACUCGAUCAUCGGCGACGGCUGGGCCGUGUCUUCGAACACGGAGCGGCAGAAAGUGCUGGGCUUCGCUCCUGGCUUGGUGGAAGGUCUCGUGAAGUGGCUCCAAUCGAGCUGCGUGCGGCACGAGUCGGCGGCCAACGAGCGCGAGGAAGCACCAACCUCGUUAUCUCCUGACAAAAAAAGAGGUAAAGAAUGGGAUAGAAGGGAGGUCGAAGUUUGUAGCUUAGUCCUGAUGACGCUGCGGAAUCUCUGUGUCAGCUCGGAGACGGCGCAGCGCCUCGGCGAGUGUCAAGCCAUACCACCACUGUUAACUUGCUUACGUUUUGGGCCUCUCGAACUCACCCAACCGGCAGUAGCUUGUUUAGUACCUAUCUCGAUCUGGCAUCCUCGACUCGUUGGGUUGCACGGCGGCGUGGCGCCGCUCGUCGGCAUGCUCCGGGUGCCGAAACUCCCACUAGCUAGAGCGGCAGCAAUACGCAUACUGGGCCAGGUCGCGCCGGAUAUCGAUGAUUGCACGGAGAUUGUCGACCAUGGGGGGUGUGACUUGCUGGCGGCGAUCGCGUUCGAUGGGAUUGGAGGAAGACGGAGGAAGCCGGGCCUACCCUCUACGGUCGCCCAUGCGCAGAUUGGGGCAUUGUGGACGUUGGCGCGCAUCGCAACUCAUAGUGAACAUGUCGACUGCCUGCGGGAUGAUCGAAUACGGAAAGCUAUCUUGAGAAGUCUGGAGCCGGAUUACAAUCCAGUCGGCACCGAAGCUGCGUUGAUGUUACUGAGAAAACUAGGAGAAUGCACGCCGUAUGACGACGGCGAUCCUUGGAGUUCGAAGCUAGCCCUCGACGCGGCACCCUUAGCGGCGGCCUGCGCGUCUCGGACGAGGCCGGAACCAGUCCGGGCCCAAGCCGCAUGCUGUUUCGAACAACUGUACGUGUCGGAUCACGCCCGCCACCGCUUGGUCUUCGGGCGAGACGUCCGGGACAUCGAGAUGUGUUCCGAGACGGACUUCGGCCCUACCGAUUAUUUAGAGGUAGUUUAUGGCAAAGAGUCCGCGGAGGCGUCGAAGGCGCUGACUCAGCGUCGUGAUUGAAGUUGAACUUGGCGUGGUCGCGUCGAUGGCGUCCCACGUCGCCGUGACGCCGUCGUCGUGAGUGUACGGGGGCAGCAUCGUUCUCCACGCAGGCGCGCGCCAUCAAAAAAGCUGCCGAUCUGGGCCAGUUGAGCGUGCUAGAUUCAUUGAAAGAAGAAGAGGAGGACGCGGAAGCCGAGAAAAUUGCCGAAGAGAAACGUCGAUUGCGGACCGCGCCGCCGCCGUCGACGCGCGUCCGCGUCUUUGAUCGAGACGAGUGCGAAGCUUUGAGAGAUGCGCCCGUCACGAAGGGCAAAGUUUCGCUCCUAGAAGCGGCCGGCGCGCCGCGGCUCAUCAAGAUCGACUCGGGACGGGUGUUCUGGGAAACUCGAGCGAAGUCGACAGGUUAUGUUGCCAAAUGCACGCAACACAACGACUACGAGGAGGAAUAUACAGCGAUGCGGGCGAAUCCGAGAUUGAUGGAGGCCAUGCGCAUGGAAGCGCGGGCCAACAAGUCCCUCUUCUCGCGCUACAAGGACCCCUGUGUCAGAAAGAACCUGAGAGACGGCCUCCCCGAAGGUACCGUGGAUGUCCCCGAGGCCUAUGACGAGGUAGAAUGCAGCGACAUCCUGGAAUGUCGCCGCGUCACUUUGCCAGAGAUCGAGCGGCACGGCGUGCCCGAGACGGCCGACUGCGACCCCGCGGGCUUCUUCCUCAUACGGACGGCGACAGAAUCGAUAUUGAUGGAAUGCAUUCCGGAUAGACCGGCGUUUGGCCUUCCACCCUCCACAAAAGCUGACAAAGACGCUCUAGCUCGAGACGUGGGGCGGGACUGGAUCCUGCGGCUGCUCGGGCUGCUCGAGGACCAUUUUGAGGCCCUCGGGAAGUCGUUUGAUUUGAAGGACUUCGACAAGGACGCCUGGGACAUGCGCGAGGCGCGGCGGAAGGAGCAUGAGAGCGGCAAGAAGCGACGAGGGUCGUUAUCAUCAAUAAAAGACGACCCGAACGAGAUGAACCCGCGGCGCUGGGAGGCCCUCGUCGAGCGCGCUUGUGGGGGCCACGACGACGACAUGCUCCACGAGAUGGCCCUGGCCGAGCAGAAGGGCCUCGCCAAACCGUCGCCGUACCGGAAUGCUCCCACACGUAGAAGGAAGCAUCCUGAUGUGUUGAAAGAACUGUGGUCGAUGGCCCUGCACCCUACUUCUGUCUCGUUAGUUCAGAGAGGUUGUCUUGCCUUACUAUCGUUAUGUUCCGAACCAGGCGUCAACGCGCACGUCAGAGAGCACUGGAAGAGGGAACUUAAUGCAUUGCCGGAGAGCAUGUCCGCGGGCGUCGCGAGUCGGUCGAAGGUCCUCGUGACGAAGAAGUUGGAGCUCCUCGUGCUGUUGAACCAGCUGGAAAUUGUCGAAAGAAAUGUGUGGCGCGUCGCACGACCACUACGCCUGAAAUUUCAGUCGAUAAUAUUGAACUGGCGCAAGCACCUGGGCUACUCGGCGCUGUCGUCGGCCACCGCCGGCUUCGACAAGGAAACGUUGCUCAAGUUACAAGAGCUCUUCGCGGAACUUGAUGCCGACGGUUCCGGUUACUUAGAUGCCGAAGAGCUAGGUGUAUUGUUCAAGAACAUGCGCAUGCCCAUGGGCCAGCGGGAGCUCGACGACAUUGUGGAUGAAAUUGACGUCGACGGGAACGGUGUGUAGCGGCGUCCCGCCGGGCCUUCGAGACCGGCGUCGGUCUCUACGCCAUCGGCGCGAGGCAGCAACGCGUCGACGGCGUCAACGGAGCGCGCCAUACAACUUGAAGUAAAUUCGAGGCCGCUGAGUCACUCAUCACACACGCGCGUCUCGCUAUCUCGGCACCGCGGCCAUGUUUCUGGCCCAAACUCGGCCACGGCCUCCGAGCGAUACCCUCGACCGUAUCCAGAGAGCCGUACCUCGCUCCGACCACGACACACCAAAAAUUGAAGCACGAGUUGAACUUUGAUCUACGCAGGUGAAAUCGACUUCGAGGAGUUUUUACUGGUCAUUAAGAACAUGCAGAACCCCGGCGCGGUGCAGUCGAAGCUCGGCGUCGCCGUCCAGAAGGGCGUCAAGAAGGGCGUCUUCCAGACGACGAUGAAAGGUGGUGCUAAAGCUUUAUUUGAGGGCGUCGCGGGCGCCGCGAAGGAAAUACCGGGAGCGAGGAGGCAGAACCUGCGCCAUGCCGUCGACGAUAACAGAAGGGAGAAGCUGCGCGAGGAGAUCAAGGAAAUUGAUAAAGAUGUCCUCAAGUAUCAAAAAGUGGAUCCCAAGAGACGCAUGAGAAGAGCUCACUUAAAUGCGUCCUGGGCCGCGGCCUGCCGCCAGGCCUUCGAGCUCGCCAAGGACUGGGGCGACGGCGUCUGCGCGACGGAACCCCUCUUGCAGACGCUUGUCGCCAAUCCGGAACUCGUCGAGAAGCUCGGCUUUUGCACGAAGCCCAAGGGCUGGGCCCAAGAUGCUGCUUUGUACAAGCAGUACCAGUCGAUGCUGGACAUCGCGGCUUCCUAUGGUACGUUGUCGCGAGCGGCGACGGACGCGGGUUUAGCUUUUGACGACAACGACGAAGGUACCAUACAAAGCGGUGAGUUCGACGACCAGGAUUGGUCCUACCGAGAAUUCGAGGAGGCCGUCGUGCGGUUGGUGCGGGCGUGUCGCGGGGAGGUGGCCCGCGAGCAGGCGGAGCGAGAAAGGUAUGCCGCCAAUGCUGAAAGAGUUUCGAAGAAAAAAGUCAAGCCGAAGAGAGGCAUGUUCGGCGCGCUCGUCGCGCGGGGGGUGGACUAAGCCGUUGUUGUGACUA